AUAGACUGUAUGCCAAUAAUUGUAAGCGGAACAAAAAACAAACGCAUUCCACUGUCGGAACUUAACAGUGUAACAUCAAGCAGAAGUAAACAGAAGACAGGCGCCAUUCACGUUGUAUCCAUGGUUAGCGCAUGGAUUCGAGUUAGGAGGUUAGUCCGUCAGUAAAACUUCCGAGUCACCUCGAUUAAUUAAGCAACAAUGUCAUCGGUUGACUAUUUGAGAGAGUUUGUCAACGAGCGACUAACUGCUGCCGCUGAAGAAAUAUUCGGAGUAUUUAAAAAAACGAUCGUCGAGUACGAGGAAGAGAUCGGUCGUCAGCGCAGACUGCUGGAUGUCGUUCGGAAACCUGAAAUAAAGUUACAGAUAAUAGAGCUCCCACAGCAACAUGUCUCUAAGGAGGAGGAGGAGGAGGAGGUUCCCGCUGAGCAGCAGCUCUGUAUUCAGGAGAUAAACUCCAGGCUGGACCGAGAGGAGCCAGAGCCUCCACAGAUUAAAGAGGAACAGGAGGAACGCUGCACCAGUCAGGAGGAAAACAGCUUAAUUGACUCAAAUUCAGGAGCUGUUGCCUCCCUUGUCUUCUCGCUGAACUCCUGGAGCAGCCUGAGCAUCCCAUCCCCGAGUACUCAAAGCACCCCAGAAAUGUCUGUAACCGCUCUCCCCAACAGACCAUGGUAUACCAACUUCAGAGUCGACUGGGAUAGGAUGCCAACAGGGAUCAAAACAGCAGCACUCAGUCUCACGAGACCAUCGCCGACUGACAGAAGAGAGAUGGUGAAGGCUGUGGUGGAUCAGAUGCGUGAGCAUGAGCUUAAUCCAUCAAGAGCUGUUUGCCACAACAUCGUUCGGAAUAUCAUUAGAGAGUAUCCAAGAAGUUUUGCUGAUGUUGAUCGAAAUGGAGAGUUUGUGGGAGAUGGCUGUAGCUCACUCCUCUCGCAAAUAAAAACAAGAGUGGAGUAUAAGAACCGCAACAACCCACUUUCACGGCGCAGACGAAAGAGAAGGUCCAACUCUGAAGGAAGAACCCUGUCAAGAGGCCCAGUGGACCAGUACGGCUGUGUCAGGUGGGAACCUUCAGACCUCCCGUCAGGGGAAACGGAGGUGACACUUGAGGAUGUAAGGAGGCAAAUGGUAACCAUGCAUUCAGAGGAGGGAAUGGCCGGGGCAGAAAGAGCAGUGAAGUUGCUUGAAAAAACGUACACAAUACAACGGCGAUACCUGAACAGGACACCUCCGCCUGCCAUAUGGGAUGUAAAAAAACAAUGGCCUUUUCUGUUUGCUCAGAGAGGCAUGUUCUCCCACUUCCUUCACCUGACCGACAUCUCCAUCGUUGCCAAGCUAACAGAGGCUAUGGAGCGAAAAGGCGAUACAAUCCUAAAGCUCUGCCAUAAACUCAACAAGAACCCAGGGGUUGAAGAGGUCCUUGCCAACUAUGAACCUAACACGGCCGAAGACAAGGCUGUGUGCAUAAUACUUCUCCUGCUGGCUUACUUUAAAGAAGCAAGGGAUGCGAUUAUCCUUCAGGCCGACCCGUUUUCCACAGCUGCCGAUAUCCAGAGGACCCUCACCUUACCCAGCACCCCUCGCUUGAUCGUAUCAGGGGAGGUAAUGAAGCCGAGAGCCUGGAUGCUUUCAAUUGAAGGACAAGUGGUAAUGGGACCCCAUGCUAAGUUUAUCAAUGGGAUUGCUGCUGUCUUCGCAAGUUACUACAACUUCAACUUACAGUAUCCUGAGGAGGCUGCAUGCACCCUAGAGUUUAUCCAAAGAUGUUUUUUGGGCAUAAAUCCGGAGAAUGGCUCCAAGGCUGAGAAGGCGCGUGGAGGUAUCAAUCCACACGUGUGCACCCUCCUGAGGAAAUUAAUGGACCUUGAGUGGAUGUCCAUGUAGACUUUUUUUAAAACCUUUGACACAAGGGCCUCUUCUUAGGUGGUUGUGGGGCAUGGGUUGUGACGGCAUGGGACUAGCAUAACUCUACCUUGUUUUUAAAGGUAAGACGCUUGUGGUUUCAAUGAGCCCAACAACAUUUGGAUAUGGUGAGAUGCAAAAGUACUGGGACAGUGAUGUAUAAUUGGUAGUGUUCUUUCUAGAGCUGAAAACAUUGUAAAAAAAAAUACCUAAUUGCAAAUAUUUUGACUGAUAUGGUGAUACUGUAUGCCGAUCAUGGUGGCAUCUGUACCGAACAAAGAGGUUUUCUUACAGUGUAAAUUCGGAAUUCCCUGCUCGCUGAUGAUGUGUUCGAUCAGAAGAGACUUCUCUCAGCUCAGUCGAUGCUGUUAUUAAUUUCCGUGUUUAUAUGGUAAACAUGAAAUCGAACUAUAUCCAAAUCCUGUAUCUUUACUUUUGCAGGCUGAGUGAUGAUUUUUGUAUGGACAAAGUACUGGUAGAAAAUAGUCACAAGCACAAUGUAAAGGAUUGAGCAUUAAGGCCGUUUUAUGGUUCUGCAUAGAAUCAACGGCGUACCCCUGCAGACCCCUGCGUCUACGCCGGACCCUGCGCCGUAGCCUGACGUGCACCUCUCGAAAAAUGUAACUACGCGUCGCAGCCAGCACCACAAUACUUAGUUUAGAAUGGUAUUUUGAGACAUUUCACUUUUAAGAAAUAUUCUAGCCUCCUGCGAUUUUGAUUUCACACUACACCAUAUUUCAAUUAAAUUUCAAUAAAUUGUUAGUUCUCUCUGAGCUGGUCACAUGUGUGUGUCAAAUCAAACAAUUACUAUUUCAUAUGGCUUUUUAUUUGAUUUUCAUCUGAAUGGGAUUGUAUAGUCUACAGUGGACUCUCCAUCCAAAUGCUCAAACACACUAUUGAAUACAUUGGUAACCUUUUGGUGACAUUUAAGUCCAGACCUUGAGAUUUCAAAGAAAAUGUAAAUCAUCACUCUCCCAUUAGGGGUGAGAGUCACCCGGGCCUUCACCAUUUCAUGCGAUAACGAUUAUUAGGGCUACAUGGUAAUUUUAAUUAAACUUUCACUGCAUAAUAUUUCAAAUUAUUGUUGUGACUUUUAAUUGUAUAGGCUAUAGUUUUUAUAAUUUCAAAUUAUAUCAAACUUUUUUUUUUUCCAUGUUCAGAUUAAAAAUGUACGUUUUAAUGUAGGGUGGGCGGGGCGAUAUACCGGUAAAAUCUUUGCACCGGUAACAAUUUGUGCUAUGGUGUAACGUAGCCAUAUUGUUUCUGGCAUCGGAAUAUGAUCCCCAGCUGUGAAUAUUUCAGUCAAAUAGAAAUACCAGGGUUGUAGAGAGUUUUGUGAAAAAGAUGUGUGUUCCACGAAGAGAAUAUUAUGCUGUAUAAAAAUUGCACUACUGACACCCAUGUCUCACAUGUGUUCCCACAGAGCUAAAACAUUAAGUAACUUUUUCAUUGUUACUGUCCAAAAUGGUAAACAUAUCAUGAUAUGAAAUUUUUUUCAUGUUUGUGUGUUUUUGUACGUUAUAAUACAGAGUUUAUAUUGGUGCUAUGAUUUCAUGUAUUUUUCAUGGAAUUCUUUUUCUAUACAUUUUUAAAGAAAUUGUCUUUGAAUGUAUGUAUUGUCAAUUUACAAUAAAGAUGAUCAAUUACCAUAUUUGUAUGCAUUUAAAUUUACGUAGAAAUAAGGGUCAAUGUGUUUCCCUAAGAUUACACUUUAGGUAAAAUGACAGUAUUUUAAUGUAGUAUACCUGCUGUAAAUUACAGGAAUUUAUUAGCUAUGGUUGCAGUAAAAAUACAGUAGAAAAUUGUAAAUUACAAGAAAUUCCUGUGAUUAGGGUACAGUACAGUACCAAUAAAAUAUUGUACUUUUACAGUAAUGGAAUGGUUGGGUUACUGUGAAAACAUAGUACAUGGCUGUAAUUUUACUGUAAAUUGUUGUGAAUUCAAUUAAUUACACAGGGUUAGAGUUAGGUUAAAGUAAUUUCAUAUUUCCUUGAUAAUGUACCCAAAGUUAUUUUGAUUAGUCAGGCUCACAAUGUGGCUAGGCUAACAAUAGCAAUGUUAGCUAUUAAGCUUAAAAUUAACUUUGGAUACAUCAGCAAGGAUUUAUAAAAUUACCUUACUGUUUGUCACUGACAGUGUCCUACCACUUUCAAGCAUCACCUCCCAUUAGGAACACGAGCAGCAUACCACUCAGGGGAUCGGCAUAUGCCACUGUACCACUAGUGGCAUGCUAUAAGCAACUUUUUAAACUCGGCAUCACUAUGACUAACUGCUGCUGCUCAAUAUAUUCACAGAGUUGUUUAUUUAGUCAAUGAAUAGAAGGAUGAGACUGAUCAUGCGCACAGAUUUGUUUGAUAUUGUUUGGAAAUAUGAAAUAAAGUUACACAUAAUAGGUGUGAAAAGCAGUUCUUUAUUCAGGAGAUGAACUCCAGUCUGGACCGAGUGGAGCCAGAGCCUCCACAGAUUAAAGAGGAACAGGAGGAACUCUGCACCAGUCAGGAGGAAGAGCAGCUUGAACUGAAGCAGGAGACUGAUGCCUUUAUGUUGACUUCUACUUAUGAGGAAAGUGAGCACAGUGAAGAUCAGAUUCUGUCAAGAUUCACUGGAAUACUCAUACGGGUAAAACUUGACAAGUUUUGUUAUUAAUGAACCUGCUGUUUUUAUGUUUUUUCUAAGUGCAUCAACAUGAUGUGAUUUUUAUAGUUUGGGCCUUUUGAGAUGACACAAACACAUCUAAUAAAAAAAUCAUCAAUCAA